CCAUGUCGCUGUUGGAUCUCGUCGCCAGUCCCGACAUCCCCCUCUAGUGGCGGGAGUUCUAGAUUGCAGGAGCCUGUGUUUGACAGUACCCGGAAUUGCAUGCCCGUCUGUUGCUCGUCCUGUUGUGAAGAUGAUGCCGAACUUGUCUGUGUUUGUGCAGGGCUUGUUAUUUCUCCUUUCGCUUAUCCGGCCUGGACUCGGGGUCGAGGUGUCUAUAUGGAGAAUACCGGUCAGCCAGGAUAAGGAGAAUAACGCUGUGUUCCGCAAAACUUUAUAUGCCAACACCACCAUCUACAUCCGGUUCGAAGGUGAUGAGGGAUCGUGUGGCCAGAAUACAGCUUUCAAUGUCAGCUGGUACCUCAGAUCAUCAAUCUGCUACAACACGGUCUCCAACACUUUGGACAAUACAGCUCUGGCUUAUUUCGGCACAGAUCUAGAGAUGAAGGAAAACGAGAAUGGGUUCUACAGCCAGGGAACCCUAGCCUUUGAUAACUGCACUGAACUCUUCAAACCACAGGUUUACUACAAGGAGUUUGUCCCUCAUCGGCCUCUUGCUCACGCUCAGGGUCCUGGAAGUGAGCAGAGAAACCAGUCCUUCUCCCCACCAGGGAAGCCAGAUAUGCACGCUGUGGCGAAGGCCUGGCUGGACAGCCCCUUCCUGUUCAUUGUGAAGAUCGCUUCAGUGCGGCACGGCGAGACGAAGGGAGUGAAACAGACCAGCCUCAUCCCGGAGACCUGGUCUUUCACCAUGACGGUUGAAAUGAAGGGCCCCCAAGAUUACACCUCUCCUGCAGACUGGCCCCUCAUGAUGUUCUUCAUGGUGAUGUGCAUUGUGUACGUGCUGCUCGGAGCCCUGUGGCUCUUCUGGUCUGCCUGCUACUGGAGGGACCUGCUUAGGAUCCAGUUCUGGAUCGGGGCCGUCAUCUUCCUUGGAAUGCUGGAGAAAGCCGUCUUCUACUCCGUGUUCCAGAGCAUCCAAUACAAGGGCGAAUACGUCGAGGGAGCUGUGAUCUUCGCAGAGCUGCUGUCAGCACUGAAGAGAUCCCUGGCUCGCGUUCUCAUUAUCAUCGUCAGCCUGGGCUACGGGAUAGUAAAACCACGUCUUGGGACGACCACACACCGGCUGGUGGCUGUGGGGCUGCUGUAUCUCCUGUUCUGUGCAGUGGAGGGGGUCCUCAGGGUGACUGGGGGGUUCAAUGGCACGGUGGCCCUCAUUGCAAACAUCUGCCUCUCUCUCAUCGAUUCCUGUGUAAUAUGGUGGAUCUUUAUCAGCCUGUCUCAGACCAUCCGACUGCUGAAGAUGCGCAGGAACGUGGUGAAGCUCUCUCUGUACCAGCACUUCACAAACACGCUCAUAUUCUCAGUCCUGGCCUCUAUCAUUUUUAUCAUCUGGACCACCAAAGUGUUUAAGCUGGUGGACUGUCAGUCGAGCUGGAGGGAUCUCUGGGUUGACGAUGCUUUCUGGCGGCUGCUCUUCUCCACCAUCCUCCUGGUCAUCAUGGUGCUGCUCCGGCCCUCCGCAAACAACCAGAGGUUCUCCUACUCUCCCCUUAUAGAUGAAGACGAGGAGGACGAGAUGAAGGAGCCCAUGCUGAACGAAGCCUUUGAGGGAAUGAAGAUGAGAGGUGCGAAGACUGAAGCGAAUGGGAACAGCAAGUCUGUAUAUACCGAGGAUGAAGACCUCAAGUGGGUGGAGGAGAACAUCCCAGCCGCCAUUGUAGACGUGGCACUGCCGGCCAUGCUGGAUGAAGAGGAGGAGAUGAUGCAAACCAAGAUGGAAAGGUCGAAAAUGGAAUAGUGUCCCGAACAGACACAUUGCAAAUUGAAGGAGCACGUCUACUCUUUGGUUUACAGCUUCCAGGUGCAAGAAACUUCAGUAUCAGUUUUAUUAAGAUUACAGCCCCAUUGCACCUCCCAGGUACACAAAACAAAGCCUUGAAAAGAAAGCAGAGCCAGUCUGUGUGAAAUUCCAGAAGCUACUAAAAACAAGGACAUCAGGCUUGAGAAUGAAGCGACACAAUCCUUAACCAACGGCUUCAUUAAUCUUGAAAACUCGCGGUGGCGGCAUGGAGAGGAAGCAGUCGAUACUGAAACACAGAACGGGUAGAUGAGCACUGACAAAGAAAACAUUGAGGGGGAAUCCGCAUGGGAGACAAUAGGGCCAUUGUCAGGAUAUGUACGGUCAGGCAACCUGAAAACAAAUUGUUGAUUCAUUUUAUUUAUUUGAAUUUCCCUUUUUUAUUUUUGGAUCGUUUAAUACAUUCCCCUGUUUGUAUUUAGUUUUUACUGAAGCUCUGCCUUUCUGUAUAUACUGGUGUUACUGUUUAAUUGAUAUGCAAUUCUGUUUCUAUGUUUAAAUUCUAGCUGUGGGGGGGUUAUUGAGAUCCGGUUCAGUGUUGGUGGGGGGUUCAUUAACUGGGGUGCCACGGGACUGUGAUAGGGUACACCUCGUCCCUGUAUUAUUAUUUGUAUAUUUCAUAUUAUUAUUAUUAUAUUUGUAUUUGACGGUAGGAAAGCCGUGUUUUUUUUAUUGUUCGUUUUGUUUAUUAAUUUAAAAAACCUGUGUGAAUGUGGCUGGAGCCUCAAUAAGGUAAUUGUUUUAUUGAUAAUUAAUUAAGGCUCCAGCCACAGCUUAAAAGAACGAGCUCCAGGGUAAUGGGGGGAGAUUUUCCUUUGAGUUAGAGACGGGAGGACGGUUUAGAGCGAGAUCAUACAUCCGAAGCAACUGCUACCGCUGUACCACUCGGUAUUUGUUUCUUUAUGUAUUUUUGGCCAUCGAGCCCUUUUGUUUGUUAUAGUGUUUUGUUUAUUGUUUGAUUUAUUAUUAAAACCCGAGCGCAAAUGCGUCUCGUUUUCCCUAAAAAAAAAAACACGGCUUUCCUACCGUCAAAUACAAAUAUAAUAAUAAUAAUAAUAUGAAAUAUACAAAUAAUAAUACAGGGACGAGGUGUACACUAUCACAGGGACAAACUGCAACUUUACAUUGUUCUGUUUGUCUUUUUAAAGCUUUUUACAGUCAAAUAUCAUUCAAUUGUUGAUACAAUCUGUAAAAAUAAACACUUUGUUACAGUGUAAAAAUAUAGAUUUCAAACAAUAUCAGAAACUGCUUCUGGAGAGUUCUUUUUUUUUUUUGGACUUCAUCGCGUCCUCUAUUUCUCUAUCUGCCAUAAAAAUAAAACAUGAAAUACAUAUUUUUUAAAUGUGAAUUGCCUUUAUACAGGAUUUUUACAAUUUACUGUCAACCACAUUAAUGAAUUAUCAAAUGGUGAAAUGCAGAGGGAGGGAUGUAUAACAAAUUAUACAGACUGACAAAAAUCACCCAACAUCAGACAUAACUGCUAGCUACUGUAUCUUCAUCUGUAUAAUUGAAUUGCUCCUGACUGAGAUUACAAAGACCCAGCUAGACCUGUUUCUGUGGUGAUCACACUCUGCUAUGCUUUGCAAUGUAAGGCUUGUCAUGGCCUCAUUGAUACUGAAAAGGUUAGAGUAGACAGCUUCAAAUUUCAUUUUAAUUGCUUUUUUACAUGUACUAUUUUAUGUAGUGAUCGGCACCAAUAUCGAUAUUUUGAUAUGAUAUCAAUAAUAAUUUCCAUAUCGCGAUACCGUGGGAAUCUGCCUUUACCUGGCUUUGAGCUUGUCUGGAGAAUCCUAUGUGCUGGGACUGAACAGCCAAUCAAAUCAUGUGGCAAUGUGACCUUUCAAAUCUGCUCCCCCACCUACUUGUAUAGAGGGUGAAUAGAUUGGGCAGGUAGAGUUAAAAAGGUCACAGCGCCACAUGAUUGGAAAGGAAUGAGGAUUCCUCUGCUCAGUCCCAGCACUAAGGAUUAUCCUGCUGGUCGACUACAGUAUCAGCUGACACCACCACUUUACUGUUCAGAUCACCUACCCCUCCACCCAGUCCCUAGUUAUGUCUUGUAUUUAAUAUAUUGCAUUAAAUGUAUAAUUGAAUUCUGCAAUACCAGAUUCCAGUGGUGUCAAAUGUACUUGUUUUUAUAAUCUGCCCUGAAAUUAUGUGACCCAUUACAGGAGUUAUCCAAGCACAAA